CGACCUUGAACGCAGCGCAGGGAUCAACCUGGAGGAGAGUAAAACUCGCUGCAACCUGAAAACAGAAAACAGCGAACACAACAAGUUCACUCAAUAAUGAGACUCUCCCGCUUCUACUACCGAGUCCGGAGCGUCCGGAGGCGUGUUUACUGAUCGUGUUGGUGUCGGUUAACAACUUUUAUUGGGGUAUUUAGUCGACGUGUUGCGUUGUGUUGUUGUCGCUGCAGUUGAACCAGAGUUCUGCUUUCAGUCGGAUGGAAGUCAGUGAGACAGGUCAGAGUUAAACAGACAGACAGGUCGGUUCAAUGUCCACAGUCAACUGCGCUGAGGAGCUGGACUUCACUCUCAUCUUUGAGGACGACGGCAGACAGACAGCAGGUCCAGAGCUCAAUGUGAGGACACCUCCAUCCUCCACUCAGGCUCUGGCCGAGCUGCUUGUCAGCCAGGGGCCGCCGAGUCACCCUCCAUGUUUCCCCUACCAGCAUGUCGGCUACCAUUCGCAGGGGCCCCAGUACGUAGCCCAGGGGAACCUCAGAACCUUUGACUGCCCAAGUAUCCAGAUCACCUCCAUCGCUCCUAACAAUCAUGUGGAGCUGGGCAGUAGCCAGGAAGUUUUGGCGUUGGGCGGGGCGGAGGGGGGCUACCCCGAGGCAUCGUGGUCCAGAGGCCAGCUCUACCUGCCCCUGGACCCCUGCUACCGGGACCCGACGCUCUGCCCGAGCCCCUGCAGCAGCCUGUCCUCCAGGAGCUGGAUGUCCGACCUGUCCUCCUGCGAGUCCUUCUCCCACGUCUACGACGAUGUGGAGGGGGAGCUGCGUGAUGCCGCCCGCCUCGCCCUGGGGUCACCCGUUGGGUCACCUGUGGGGUCACCGGGCUGCGGGGGCGGGGCCUUCGGGGUGGAGCUGUGGCAACAAAAAUACCAACAUCCUAUAGCCAUCAGUCCGGUGCUGUCGCCUCAUCAGUCGCCCCGCCAGUCGCCCUGCCACUCCCCUCGCAACAGUGUCACCGAGGAGAGCUGGCUGAACCGCCGGCCCACCUCCAGGCCGUCAUCCAGACCGACGUCCCCCUGCGGGAAGCGACGCCACUCCAGCGCCGACCCCCGCGCCCGCUCACCCUCCCCUCACCACUCUCCCAGCCCCACGCCAGGCGCCUCUCCACGGGGCAGCGUGACGGACGACAGCUGGGUGGGAAGCCCCGCCGGCCCCCUGGGGCCCCUCCUGAUGUCCGGCUACCAGGAGCUGGACGUCCCCUCCAAGACCAGGAGGACAUCGGGGACCCAGCUGGGCCUCUUGGCCGGUCAAGGAGACCCGGGGCUGGAGUCCUUCCUGGAUUCUCCCGGGGAGGAGGGACGUGAGCAGGACGGCCUGGCUGAUCUCUUCCUUCAGGUGCCCUCCCACUUCAGCUGGAACAAACCCAAACCUGGGAACCCCCCUCUCUUCAGGACCUCGUCGCCCCCUCCUCUAGACUGGCCUCUGCCCAACCAGUUUGACCAGUGUGAGCUAAAGGUGGAGGUCCAGCCCAAGUCCUACCACAGGGCGCAUUAUGAGACGGAGGGCAGCAGAGGGUCCAUUAAAGCAGCUACUGCAGGACAUCCUGUCGUCAAAUUGAUCGGAUCCAACGAGCAGCCGCUCAGCCUGCUGUUGUUCAUCGGCACCGCGGACGACCGCUACCUCCGCCCUCAUUCCUUCUACCAGGUCCACCGAGUGACGGGGAAGACGGUCACCACUGCCUGCCAGGAGAAGAUUAUGGGUGGCACGAAAAUCCUGGAGGUCCCUCUGCUUCCAGAAAACAGCAUGUCCUGCAGCAUUGACUGUGCCGGCAUCAUGAAGCUGCGUAACGCCGACAUCGAGCUGAAGAAAGGCGAGAUGGAUAUCGGGAGGAAGAACACGAGGGUGCGAGUUGUGUUCAGGGUCGCCGUCCCUCAGCCGGACGGCCGAAUGCUGUGGCUGCAGACUACGUCUAAUCCUGUGGAGUGCUCCCAGCGCUCGGGCCAGGAGCUUCCUCAGGUGGAGAGCUUCAGUCCAGCCAGCUGCUCCGUGGACGGAGGAGAGGAGCUGCUCAUCAUCGGAUCCAACAUCUCCACACAGUCCAGGGUUGUUUUCAUGGAGAAAGGGCCUGAUGGAAGAUCACUGUGGGAAAUGGACGCCAGAAUUGUGACAGAAAAAAGCAGCGGAUCCAGCAUCGUGGUGGAGGUUCCUCCUUACAAUAAGAAGACAACAGAUCCGGUCCAGGUCCAGUUCUACGUCUCAAACGGGAAGAGAAAAAGAAGUCUGACUCAGAGUUUGACCUACCUGCCUGGAGUCAGACGUCACCUCCCUGCUGCUGCUGCUGGAGUCAAACAGGAGCGCUGGGAGACGGACCACAUCUCCCACAAUCCACCUAGCUUCUGCCACGACCGAGUGCUCGGCCCAGACAUGGUUUAUUAUGAUUCCCGUGACCUCCCGGUGCAUUGUGGUCCUCCUUCACAGAGCGUGCCUCGUCUUCAUCACCCCCCUCCCUCCUCUGUCCACCUUCAGACCUCCUUAAUGUUUCCUCACACCUCCUCCAUCCCUCUUCACAUCUCCUCCUUGUCCUCUCAGACCUCCUCAGUCCCCCUUCAGACCUUGAUUCCUCUUCAGACCUGCAUCAUGCCUCAGCAGACCUUCACCGUCUCCCCUCAGACCUCCUCCCUCCCUCCUCAAAUCUCCACGCUGCCUCCCCAGGCCUCUUCGGUGCCCCUUCAGACCUUCACCGCCCCCCCUCCCACCUCCUCCGGUGGACCUCAGAGGGAACACCCUCCAUCUCUGAGCUCCAGAAGAGCCUUUGUGACCCCUGCUGACCCCCAGAACGACUCUCCGCUCUCCAGCCCAGGAGAGACGCCGAGCAUCAAGCAGGAGCCGGAAGACCGGCCAAAUCUGGGAUCCUUGGGCCUCCAGGAGAUCACGCUGGAUGACGUGAGCGAGAUAAUCGGCAGAGACAUCGGCAGUCUGAGCAGCAGCGCCCAGCCCGACCAGUUUGACCAGUACCACCAGUACGACUGGGAGCACAAGUCCAGUGACGCUGCCUCACCGUUCAGUGGAGGCCGUCAGUAGUCGCUCUGCUUCCUCAGGAUACGACUGCAGAGCUUCUUCUACGGUUUCGCUUCUUCUUGGACAAAAACAAACCGACGGUCACGUUUGCACAAAGUGCAUCAAACUGACCUGCAAGUGCCUGAAAACCAAUCAGCAGCCUCUCGUCUCAUCAGGUGUCACAUCACAUCACUGUUUCCUCGUCUGUCUCAGGAAUUUUAGUGGGAAGCCGACUCGUACCUCUCCGACAAACCAAAGAUGUUGUAGCUUUUCAUGAAUUGUAGAACACAACAAAAGGGCUGAAAUUCAACUUUUACAUAAUCAGAACAAUGAGAGGCUAAAGUAAAUCAUUAUUUAUUGGCCAGUUAAUUAAGAAAUCUAUUUUUGAUACUCUGGAUCUGAUCCAGUAAAAAAGCUAAAAAGUCCUUCAGCUGAUCAUUUACAUUUUUUAUAGCUUGGUUUUUCUCUCUGUACGGUUUACAUUUUCCUUCGCUGAAUUACAAUAAUGCUGUUCAACCUGAACUGUUUUGGUGUGAAGCUUAAGACAGUGAAUUAUAGAAAUGUAUCAUGAGGUUGAAGUAAAAAGAAAAGAAAAUAUUGGCUAUGUUUUGACAAAUAAUUUGUUGUAAAAUACUUUAUUCUGUGUUCUAGGUUUUAGAACCAGCAUCUCUUCUGGAGUUUAGAUAUUGUCACAUACAUCUUUCCAACAGUUAUA